AUGUCACAUAGAUGUAGUCAUAAUCAUAGCCAUCAUGAUCAUGAUGGACACAAUGAAGAUGAUGGUCACAUUUGUAAUCAUUCCGAUAGCUCUGGAACUUCACAGACUUUAGAUGAACUCUCUUUUGAGCGUGGCGUUUGGGGAUCCGUAGUGAACAACAACAUUGAGAAGCUGUCAUCGCAACUACGUGCGAAUCCGGCACUCGCCAACACUGCAGACACCUCUGGAUACUAUCCACUUCACUAUGCAGUGAGACAUCACGAUGCCAAAGCAACUUUGUUACUAUUGGAGCAUGGUGCUUUGCCUUUGGUCUACACAGAGAGUGGCCAUGCUACACCACUACAAAGAGCUGCUUAUUGUGGUAGUUUAACGAGUUGUAAACUAUUAAUUGAAAGAAGUAGUAAUCGUACAAUGCUUGAUGAAAGAGAUUCAGAUGGAAUGACAGCACUACACAAAGCAUAUUCACAAAAUCAUAAAGAUAUCAUAGAUCUAUUGAUAAAGAAUGGUUGUUCAACUGAAAUCAAAGAUAAUAGAGGUCGUUUAGCAAUUGAUUGUAAACCAAAAUAA